AUGGAAGGUGUGUUGGACUUUGACACGAUCGACGUGGAACUAGAUGAAGACCUUCUAAAGAAACAGAGUAGGAGAUGUAGAGAUGAGUUCUUGAACUCACUGUCUCUUGACGAUGAAGAUGAAGACUUCAUUAUCCCAUUAUUCGAGAAUGUUGAAGAUGAUGAAGCACCCGUGGAAGAAGAACCUUUGGAUGACGAACAGGAGGAGGAAGAAAAUGUAGAUGAAGUUGUGGAUGAAGAGGAAAAUGAUAGUGAAGCUCAGUUUAAAUAUUCCACACAUGAUCCAAAUGUGAAAUGGAAUAGAAUGAAACCUCAAGAGGGAGAAAGGUAUGAAUCUCCACAGCAACUUAAACUCUGUUUAACAAAUCAUGCCAUAUCUAAAGCCUCUUGGAUGAGCACUGAAAAGUCAUUCCAAAUAAAGAAAAUGUAUCCACAUCAUACAUGUGUCAAGAAUUUUAACAAUGGAAAACUUAUGGGACCAACAUGGUUAGCUAGACAAUUCCUUAAAGAACUUAUUAGGACACCUAAUUUGAAAGCUAAGGAAAUCCAAGAAAAAGUUCAACACAAAUUUCACACUAAGAUUUCAUGGGUAAGGAGUUAUAGGGCUAGAUGUAGGGCAAUGUCCAUGAUUGAGGGAAAAUUAGGUGAUCACUAUGCAAGGGUGUGGGAUUAUGGUGGUGAAUUGCUAAGAUCCAAUCCAGACAGCACCAUUAAAAUUUGUGUCGAAGACAACAAUGAUGGUACAACUAUUUUCAAAAGGAUGUACAUAUGUUUCAAAUCAAUCAAAGAAGGGUGGAAGAUGGGUUGUAGAAGGGUAGUAGGGAUCGAUGGAUCUUUUCUGAAAGGGCAGUGUAAGGGACAAUUAUUAACAGCCAUAGGUAGGGACCCAAACAAUCACGUUUUUCCCAUAGCUUGGGCUGUAGUUGAAAUUGAGAAUAAGUUUAACUGGAAGUGGUUCCUUCAGUUGUUAGAGGUUGACCUUGGAAUGGAUGCAGGAAGGGGCAUGUGUGUAAUUUCAGACCAACAUAAGGGUCUUCUUGAGGCAACAAAGGAGGUGUUACCAUAUGUUGAGCAUAGACAGUGUGCACGACAUAUCUAUGCCAACUUCAGAAAAAGGGGGACAAGGGGAAAUAGAGGAGGUGGUAGGGUACCUAGAGGUGGGGGUGGCUUUCAUAGCUGGUUUGAAAGAGGUGAAACCUCAAAUACAGUACCACCCCAAAAAAGGGUCAAUGAAGAAUAUAAUUCUGAAGAGAUGGUGGAUGUAGAUGUGAUGAGUGAUGGAGAUGGGCUGGAUAUGGCAGAUAUGGACUACAUUACACAACAAAUUACAGAGUUGAGGAAAUCAGGUUACACUGAUGUAGACAUUAUGAGAUGCCUUGGAAUUACAAAAGCUCAUUUAGAAGAGUUUGGAUAUGUGGCUGCCAAUGUUGAAGGUGGACUAGAAGGAGAUGGACAGGGUAAUGAAGAAGAAGGAGGACAUGGACAAGGAGAUGGAGUGGAAGGAGGUGGAGAUGGACAAGAAGGAGAAGGAGAUGGAGAAAAAGAAGAUGGAGAAGGAGAUGAAGGAGAUGGACAAGAAGAAGAUGAAGAAGGUGUUCCAGUGAAUGAUCCAGUACAACAAGGGCAUUUUGGGAAUAAUAUGAAACAAAGAACAAGGAGACCCUCAGAGAGGAUCAUUCUUCAGAAGCUGAAAAAGAAGGUGGUUGACCCUCUUGGUAUAGGAAUGUGUGAAGAUAAGGCAUUAGUUAUAGAUUAGUGAUAGGGGUUAUCAUCUUUUGGUUCAUAUUUUGUAAAAGGUGGUACUAUGUAAACUGAUGCAUACCAUCUUUUGGUUCAUAUUUUGCAUACCACUUUGUGGUUCAUAUUUUGUAAAUGGUGGUACAUAUCCACUUAUAUUGGUUCAUAUUUUGUAAACAAUUACUGGUAAUUAAGCAAGGGCAUUAACCAAUGGUCACAAUUGAUCAAUGUCAUAUUUUAUUUCAAGUUUGGUUGUGCAGGUUAGCCUUGGUUAUUGACAGUUUUAUUAUUCAUAUGUGGUUCAUAGUUGUGGUACUUUGAUUUCACCAUAAUUCAAUACAACAUAAGUAAAAUGUUCA